CCGAAGGCCCAAAGUCAACUCCGCAACGGAUUUAACGUUAAUCUCCCCAAAAUCGCAUCUUGCGAGACGGUAGUAACAUCGCGUGUCAGGGUUUAGGGUUCUGAACGUUGAUCACGAGUUGUUUGAAUUUCGCGCUCUAAUGGAUGCCGAAGGGCAACGAGCCUCUUCGAAUCCAGCUGUAUUGCUUUCUUCUCUUCUGAGUAGGAGAACUAAACUGCAAGAAGAGCUUAAAAGCAUUGAAAAGCAGGUCUAUGAUAUGGAGACAAGCUAUUUACAAGACCCAAGCCAGUGUGGCAAUGUAUUGAAAGGUUUCGAAGGGUUCCUGUCUUCUUCUAAGAACACUGCACUGUUGAAGCGGUCAAGGAAGUUCCAACCUGAAGAUAGGCUCUUCUCUUUAUCUUCUGUCACUUCACCAGCAGCUGAGGAGCUUGCAGCUGGGCGAGAUGAUGGGAGAUCGGACUUUGGUGUCGGUCGACCUAGAGGUGGAGGUAUAUAUGCAAAUGGACAAGGAAAGCCAAAGAAAGGAAGAGGAGUGCCUCGAGACGCUAAAAGAAUCAGACAUUCAAGUGAUCCGGAUUUUGAUUACGAUGACGACCCUGAGUUGACAUUAUGAAACUGUUUGUGAAAUAUGGCCGGCCAUUGACCUUCCUCCAUGAUAUGGCCUAAAGAAGAUAUCUUUUAUUUCUGCAAUGUAGCCAGAGGGCAAAAGUUUUAACGCUUAGGCAAAGCAAUUCCUUGUUGAACUUUUGUAUUGCAUUGGUUUGAUGUAUCGGAUGUCCUUGAUUACUUAAUGGACUGCUUCUGUAAGAUAUGGCAAGCUUUUCUGGCACUGGGGUGGUCAAUUGAUCCUUACUCCUUCAA